ACUUGUUAGUUGUUACAGUGUUUAUAAGUGUGGUCAAGUCAAGUGAAUCUGUAAUCUGGUUAAAUGGACUUUUCGAAUGGAAAAUUAUUACUUAAAACUUAAUAGUUUGAUUUAUCCUUUAAAAAGUGUGUAUUUACGUAGUCAGUUUCUUUUAUGUUAAUAAUAUAAUCAUAGGAUCACACACAUACUGUUAGGUUAUAAUGGCAGAAGAUCAAAAUAUUUUGUUAGAAAAAAUUAAAGAACAAGGUGAUAUUGUGAGAAAAUUAAAGGCAUCGAAGGAGUCAAACGACAAGGUUAAAAAGAACUCUAAAAAAUUUCAAGAUUUUGCUCAAAUUGACCGACACCUGUCUCAAUAUAGCUAUAUAAGUGGUUUUUCACCUAGUAAACAUGAUAUCGAAUUAUUUAAAACCAUUGAUGCUAAUACAGAUUUUACCAAAUAUAAGCAUUUUAAGAGAUGGUGGUGCCAUAUGCGGAGCUUCACAGAUUCAGAUAUUAAAAUGUUUCCAAAUGUUAAACCUUUACUAGAUGUACCUAACUUAGUGCAGGAAAACAAUAAAAGUCUUGAUGAUAAGAUAAAAGAAGAAGUGUCAAAGUUAUUGGCAUUGAAGGCUCAACUUAAGCCUGAAGAAGCAACACCACAGAAGUUCACACUUAAAACAGCAAAGGGGACAAGGGAUUAUAAUGCACAACAGAUGACAAUAAGGAACAAUGUGCUACAAAAGAUUACAAAUGUUUUUAAGAAGCAUGGUGCAGAGUGUCUUGAUACCCCUGUUUUUGAAUUAAAGGAUGUUUUAACUGGCAAAUAUGGAGAAGAUUCUAAAUUGAUUUACGAUCUUAAAGACCAGGGUGGAGAGAUACUUUCACUGAGAUAUGAUCUAACAGUCCCGCUUGCUCGAUAUCUAGCUAUGAACAAGAUAAACAACCUAAAGCGAUAUCACAUUGCAAAGGUCUACCGAAGAGAUAACCCAGCAAUGACCAGGGGAAGAUAUCGAGAGUUUUAUCAAUGUGAUUACGACAUAGCGGGCCAGUUCGACCCCAUGGUGCCGGACGCGGAGUGUUUGAAAGUGGUGACGGAGAUAUUGGACGCGCUUGACAUUGGCAGAUAUGUGCUCAAGGUGAACCACAGACGACUGCUGGACGGAAUGUUCGAGGCUUGCGGCGUGCCGGCUGACAAGUUCCGGUCAACGUGCUCUACGGUUGAUAAACUCGAUAAGAUGAGCUGGGAUGAAGUGAGAACAGAAAUGAUAAACGAGAAAGGCGUAACACCGGACGCAGCAGAUCAGAUUGGUGAAUAUGUACGACUGAAUGGUGGAACAGAGCUGGUUGAGAAGCUUCUGGCUGAUGAGAAACUGUCCAAGUGCAAAAGUGCGGUAGAGGGACUCGAAGGAAUCAAACUGUUGUUGCAUUUUUGCAGUCUUUUUGGUAUCAAAGACAAGAUAGUGUUCGAUCUGAGUCUGGCGAGGGGAUUGGAUUAUUAUACUGGAGUCAUCUAUGAGGCGGUCUUGACUCAGCCCAUCAAAAUAGGCAAUGAGGAGCAAACAGUUGGAUCUAUAGCUGGCGGGGGGAGAUAUGACAACCUGGUGGGAAUGUUUGACUCGAAGAACAAACAGGUGCCCUGUGUGGGUGUUAGUAUAGGUGUGGAGCGUAUAUUCUCGGUGCUGGAAGCGAAACUAGCGGCGGGUGAGAUCAGCGUGCGAACGACAGAGGUGGACGUAUAUGUCGCGUCGGCGCAGAAGAACUUCCUGGACGAGCGGAUGAAGAUAUGUGCUCAACUGUGGGACGCUGGCAUCAAGACCGAGCAAUCAUACAAAAAGAAUCCCAAGAUGCUGACACAGUUGCAGCACUGUGAAGAGAAUGGUAUUCCCUUCGCUGUGGUUCUGGGCGAGGCUGAACUCAAACGUGGCGUGGUCAAGAUACGGAACAUCGUCACCAGGGAGGAGGUCGAGGUGCCCCAGGAUGACCUGGUUCAAGAGUUGAAGGUGAAGAUAGAUGCGCUGGAUAGAAAAGUAAUGAAUGGACCGGUUGUGUGAUGUGCUGAAAUUGUUCCAUUGAUGCAUUUUUUUACGGGCUGAGAAAACUAAAAUGAAUAAAAAAAAGAUGAAUAAUUUCAUCAUAUAUCAACCUAAAUUCCAAAGUAUAAAAAUUCAGAAAAAGGGUUCCAACAAAACAACUCGAGUUGUUACUGUUUCAAACGAAUAUAUUCUAGAAUUAUGAAGAAAUAUUCUGAGUCUAAACAAUUUGUUAUGUUUUUAAAAUGAUAAACUCACUUCUGUGAUUAAAUACGGAAAUAAUGAUUUUUUUAAUAUAAAUAGUUAUCACUUUAAAAAAAAUAACAAAUUGUUUAGAAUUGAAAGAGCGACAUCUCAAGUCAAUUUCCUAAUAUAUAUAUAGUGGUGUUGAGCAGAUUAUCAACUGUAAAGUAGAUCCUGUAGAUGAAGCCACAACCUGAUAGUUGAACAAAGCAUACAAGAUUUAUCAAUGAUACGUUACUCAAACGGUUGGCUCAGUUGGAAGAGCGCUCGCACGGAACGCGAGAGGGCGCGUGUUCGAGUCCCGCAUUGUUCAUAAAUUUUGUUUUCAAAUUUUAUUUCUGUAAUAUAGGAAGUAACAACUAAAUUGUAUUCACAUAUCGACUUAUUUCUCUUUGAUAGAGGUGGGUUAUUGUUUAUGGAACAUUUGUCAUACUUAUCUCAAACUUACUGAAUUUCGGAUUUGUUACACUUUGGAACUGAGGUGUCAAUGUAUUACGCAAAAUUCGGGCAAUUUUUUUUUGGCUUAAGAAAUGACCUCAAAAGAGUAACUUAAAUAGUUGAGUUAAAACUAGACAUCAAUUAAUUACGUUUGUAUUCGUAUAGAGUUGUUGCUUAUAAAACUUCUGUUAUUGGCUAUCACCAAUUAUUGUACAGUAUAAGAAGUUGUGAUAUUGUUUGGUCAUGUACCUGGUGUUACCGACCGCAUAUUCAUAGAUGAAUUAUGUAUUUCUGUGUUUGUUGUAUUGUUUCAAUUCGAAUCUCUUAAUCAUCUCAGUAAGAUUUCAUUAGAAGUGGCGCCAUUUCGCUCUGAACAAAGAUUUACUCUGUACUUUUCAAAGAGCAAAAUAUGUUGAUCAGUUCCUAUAUGAUAAAAUUGAUCAAUUUUAUUACUUAGCUCGGAAAAGUGGCCAAAUUUUUAUUGUGGAUGUAACGGGACAAUUCAGUUUAUUAGAUCCCACAUUUUGUACAAUGUACUUAAUAAAUCCCUGCAAAUAUAACGGUAUUCUGCCAUUAUCAAAAGUCACAGAAGCGUUUAUAGCAAACUUGUCUCUGAUUUCACUUUGGUUACCAUCAAUAUAUUAUAUUAUAUGAAGUACAAAUCCUAUUAUUUAUAUAUUACACAAUAAUUUGUGCAGUACAUGCCCAAUAAUGACAAAACUUGUAAAAGUCAAUUUUUGAUAGCUUGAGUUGAAUUAUUGCAAUUUUCGUAGGGAUCAUAAGUUUAUUUUAAUUUUAAUAUAACCCAUGUUGUUGCUUAUAAGGGACCUUUUCUGGUAAACAAUUGCUUAAAUUGCUACAAAUUAAAUUUAAAAACAAAUUUUAUGAACGAUGCAGGACUCGAACUCGCGACCUUAGCGUUCCGUGCGAGCGCUCUUCCACUGAGCCAACCGUUCGUUAAUUUGUGUAGUUAAUCCCAGAAGUGAAAAAUUGUUUGCUACAGUUUGUUUUAGGUACUUUAUCGGAAACAAACACAUACAACAAUAAGCUAUAUGAAAUGACGUAAUUUGUGGAUAGGUGCCAAAAAGGUUUAUAAAUAACUGAAUUUAGAAUGGAUUUGUUAUAAUAUGUUAACAGUUUUAUAUCUAAACAAUUUGUUAUGUUUUUAAAGUGAUAACCCUCACUUCUAGGAUUAAUACACAAAUAAAAUUUGAAAAACAAAAUUUUAUGGACGAUGCGGGAUUCGAACCCACGACCUCCGAUGUUCCGUGAACGGUUAGCUCAGUUGGUUAGAGCACCGGCAAUUUCCGGCAACACCGGAGGUCGUGGGUUCGAAUCCCGCAUCGUUCAUAAAAUUUUGUUUUUCAAGUUUUAUAUCAUUAGGACUUGAAUCUUCUAAAUUUUUGAUCCAAUCACACUAGUAAUUUGUCCGUAAUUGUUUUCAUGUCCGACUAUUAAAUGCUUAGAAAUGGAACAACUUUAUAGCUAAUCAUAAUAUUUUAUAGUAAUAUUGUUCCUUUGCACUUGGAGGUUAUGUUGUACAAAUAAUUCACAUGCUUUAUGAUACAAUUUCAUGUCGGGUAAAUUCUUUUUGCAUUUAAGAAGAUGCAUUUAGAAUAUAUAUUAACAUAAAGUGCAUUUAAAGUUACAACUCGUUUCUCUCAAAAUCAACACCACAAAUAAAGGGAUAGUCUUUAACUGUCUUACAUAAUAAAUGUUCUAGAUUGAGAAGUACAGUCACAUAAGGUCAGUAUCAUCAAAAUUUAAUGAAGAAAGUAUGUUAUUUCUAGUAUUUCUGCCAUUAGAAAUACGAAUUCAAUACUAAUUUAUUACAAAAACUUGAGAAUUAUUUAUAUUUUCAAAAUGAAAGUCAUAGUUUUAUUAUCUGUAUGUCUCGUGACCGAAAACGCCGACCACCAUUUUGUGACGUCACUAAAGCUGUAACAAUUUGACGUUAGCAACACACCAACGAUACGGACUAUGAAAAGUCGUUUUUAUUUUUAUAAAAAUCAAUAAGGAUUGUAACGCACAUUUGAUAUUUUUGUUUGUUUAUGUUAUUAUGACGUCACGAUCAUGGCGGCACCCUUUUUGGCGCGACUAUUUUUAUCAUCAUUUAAAUUUAAAACAUUUUUUCUUAGCAUAAAGUGGAAUUAUUUUGAAGACAUAAAAAUACCAGUUGGUAUUCGAAUCUUUACGAUAAUUUUAGAAUAUAUUUAAAAAAAAGUUGAAGUAUAGUCUAUUUUACUGUACAGCGUAUCACUAUAAUGGCGACAUUAAAUGAACACACGGGUAGGUCUAUCUAACCUUAAUCGUAAAAAAAUAAUUUUAUAAUUUUAAGUAUAUAAUUGAUAUUUUCAAACAAACAAAUAAUAUAUUUAGUAAAAAAAAAUUUAAUCACCCUUACGUGGUCGCAUAUGACGUCACGAAGUAUGUGUCAGUGCCUACGCUAGCGCGCGGCUACUAGAUUUCUUACAGGCUGUUCCGAAAUUAUAUUAUGGAGAGUUUUUUUAAUAUUUAUUUAUGAUUACGAUUGAAUUACUAGUACUACUACCGUAGCUAGUGAAAUUACUGUGAAAAUGAGACUUAACAUCUUAUGUCUCAAGGUGACGAGCGCACUUGUAGUGCCGCUCAGAACUUUUGGGGUGUUUAAGGAAUCCUGAGCGGCACUGUUCUGCAAUGGGCAGAGCGUAUCAAUUACCAUCAGCUAAACGUCCUUCUCGUUUUGUCCCUUAUUUUCAUAAAAAAUAGUACUACUACCCGUAUGUUUAUUUAAUGUCGUCAAUUUAGCGCUGCGCUGUAGAUUUUAAAUUGGGUAAAGUAUCGAUUUUCGAUAUCGAUAUCGAAUAUCGAUAUUCGAGCUUCUUGGAUUGAAUUUCACACUGACUGUACUUACCUAUCAAGAAUGUUUAGUAGGGUUAAUUACCGUGGUGGGUACAAUUGUGCCUAUUCAUUAAAGUGAUAGUAAAAUUAGAAAUAAUAAAAGCUAGCUCCUCAUUCUGCAUUAACAAUAGCAGCUUAUAAAAAAGUAUGUUAAUUAUAAUCAUUACAAUCACAAAUGAUAUUGUCGUCAACUGAACUAACCUUUCCAGUUUCGUAUGUCUGCAUUGCAUCAUAAUUUAUGUUAAAUUUGAUUAGUUUUUAUGGAAAGAAAGAGUGUUUUCUUAUUAUUCAUGCAACCAUUAGCCAAUCGAUAGUUGGUCACGAGAAUACGAAGUAGAUAUUAAAAUACUACACUCAUAUGUUUAUAAUGAUUUGGCUAGCGUUUAGCAGAAAGGAACCAGUCCACAGAAUCGUAAAAAAAUACUGUUUGACACCCCGAACAAAACUUAUCCGAUAUUUAUAAUUUUAAAAGGAACUAUUUCACUUCUCGUAUUUGUAGCAAUGAUAUUGAACACAUACACAAAAUAUAUACUAAAAGUCACAAAACAAAACAAUAACUAUCUUUUGACUUUGGACCUCAAAUACUCAGCUUAGUUUGCAUGUGGACUGGUUCCAUUCUAAUCUAAUCUCUAAACUCUACGAUGUCUACAGAUGAAAUAUACAGAACCGAUGAAAAGUGGCCAAUUUUAUUACUGUAGUUUGCGUGACAAGCUACGUCUUACACUCGCGACUUGUAUGUAAUUUUGUGUUAAUGUGCGUGCAUUGCUCAAAAUAAAGGUUAUCUCUCAACCUCAAUUUUUCUCGGUGUUUUCACAACUGUCACAGUCUAUCUAGACGAGUAAGUCAUCGAAGAGUAUAAGUGAAUUAUAGUAAAGUUAAUUAAAUUCACAGUUCAAUGCUUGUGUUUGGACCAGUAUCUAUGUGUAUUGUUUAUUAAAUACAAAAAUAAAAAAUAUUUGGUCGGUAUAAAUUUCAGAAUUAAAAAUAAACAACUAAUUUCUUAUAAAUGACAACAUAAGAUAUUGUGUGCGUAUGAAUUGCUUGUAUACGAGUUAUUACCAAUAAGUUAAUUUAAUGUUACAAUACCUAAAAUACGUGUGUAUACUUGGUCUAAAUUUUAUUAUACUUUUAAAUAUAAUGCUUUGAUUAUUUAUUGUAGAGGUCUUAGGAUAUUUAUAAACGCAGUUGUAUUAGAAAAAGUUCUUUGUUACCUACGAAAAGUAUUUUGUUUUUUUUUUUAAUAAAUGAAAUUAAAUUAAAA